UAUCCACCUACAGAAGAGGCAACAUCCCACCCCACUGAUAUAGAAACACUUUCAAUUCAAAGUUACUUUUACUUCAGUGUAAACACUUCACACUUGUUUAGAUGAGUUUGACUGUAGCGGUGCAGAGAUGAUGUCCCUGAGCUGCUAAUGAACUGGGUGCGCCAACAGAAACGACGCCUCCGCUCACUCAGUCCAUCUGUUCCAGCACUACUGCUACUCUCGUGGGGGAAUGCGACAUGUCUCCUACACAUGCAUCUGUGGAGGGGAUCUUGACGAACGAACAUGGAGCGCCUGAGGAUGAGGAGAACUUUGAGGAGGCCAUCAAGAACGUCAACACAGCCCUGAACCCUACUAAGAUCACCAGUGCAGUAGAAGACCUCUUCAAUGGAGAGCAGUGCAAUAACAUCUCUGCCCAGACUCCACCCUUCUGGGUGGUGGCGCGGGCGGUGAGGGAGUUUGUGAGGAAUGAGGGGAAUGGCUGCCUGCCUGUGCGUGGCACUAUCCCCGACAUGAUCGCUGACUCACAGAAGUUCAUCAACCUGCAGAAUGUCGCUGCGCGUCAGUGUGACAGGAGCCUCCCUCUGAAGCCGUGCAGAAGAGCCGGGGCUGAGGAGUAAACAAUUGAACGUGUUCAGACCUCCAUCAGCACGCGGCAAGAAGAAGAUUAUAUCAACUCAGUUGAUAGUCUUUGCUUUCUCUCUCUCUUCCUCAUUCUCUCAGUCUCUCUCUCUCUGUGUCUGAGUGUGAUGAUUCUUCUUUUUCUAAAAGGAUCCCUAUUUACUGUAAGCACUUUUACUGUAACACUCACUCUUCCACAAACAUAGAAAUAGAAAUAAUUUGGUAUGGUAAUAAA